AUGACGCCGUCGGCCACACGGUCAGCCACUUGUGGAACUCGUGGAGGAAAUGUAGAUCAACCUCAACCAACCAGUGCUGGGUCUAACGUGCAGGCUGAUUGGCCACCGGCCUCUGUCAAUUUGAGCAUUGAAGACGAGCCAAUCAAUGAUGAGUUUGUCUCUGAGGUGGAUGCAAUUUUUCAGUUGGGAGGGUCGUAUGCGGAUCUGGGUGAACAACUGGCAUAUGUACCAACACAAAGACAAUAUGUCAUUGGAAUGUAUGCCAUCUUAUCAGUCAGGCAAGCCGUUGAACAGCUCCGUCAAGAUGUCCUCACCAUCCCUCGUGCUCCAGGAGUGGCGUCAGCAGCAAUGCCCGUGGCAGUCCAGGCUCGCAACUUCCACUAUGUGGCAGUAUUUAGAGAGAAGAUUAAUGCUCAGAAUGACCAGUUCAAGAGCAGUCACCUGCCACGCGGAUAUUCUGAUCCAGAUCCAGCUGCACAAGGCAGUGUUGAUGCCUAUGUACGAGGCAAACUCAGGAACAGCCGAGGGAAGAUGAGGGACUUGCUAACAACCGACUUUGUUCAGCUCCUCACAAACAUUGAUAUGGAAUCUGAGGUCCCGGUUCCAACAAUUUCAGCCCUAUUGGGUUUGAUGAGGUCUAGUUUGACCCCACCGCUCCCCAACAGUGCACCAGCAACAGACACCACAGACAAAGGGCGGAGGGAACUUGCCCUUUUGAAGGCUCGGUUGGCUUAUUUGCGACUCCAAACAAUAAUAUAUUACCUACGACAAGGGGGGGAAUCCGGUCGUCAAUGGAAGAACAUUGAUGAACACUUGCGCGACUUGGCCUUUAAGAGUCGUGAAUACCGAUCAGCCUUUUAUCAGUUGGUGACCAGAUACGAUCGCGAACUUUUUUGUGGUGAGGUGUUUUCCAACAUCAAUCGAGAUUCCAUCGUCCUCCCAACACACGAGGAUAUCGAGGCUCUUGUUGCAAGCACUGCAUCUGUGGACACUGAAGCCAUAGGAGAUCCAGGGGAGGGUGUCUAA